UGUUUUAACCGGUGUCGUGCCAAAAAGUGACUGUCUGCCAGAAAUUGAUUUCCGCACGCGGGAGCGCGCACCGCCUCGUUAAGGCGUUUAGCUCGGUUUGUGUUGACUACAGCUGCUUAUUUCGGUUUCAAACGGCCAUAACUUGUAAAUAUGAUCCGCUACACGUUUUCUAGUGGACGUAGUAACACCACGUCUUCUAAAUUUUGUGUAAACGACGGAAAUAAUCAUCGUAAUUCUCUUUACAGCGAUCGUCGAUCGUGACUGUUUAACUCUAUGACAUGACGCUAGGACUCAGAUCUACGACCCAAUGUUGCUGCAACAUGUUUGUUCUUCACAUUUUGUGUCUGAUUAAAACUGCACGAGUGACCACCGAGUUGUUUCACCACUUUUAACUUCCUGUAUGGACCAGUUAAACCAAUAAGAUGCUUUCAUGGUGCCAAAACGUGAUUAUUAGAGCCAAAGCUUUUGGUCAGAAGCUUUGGACGCCCCAGUCCAAUUGGUGGCGAUAACGCACCAUUAUGUUCUUUGUUAACCACCAAUAAACACUAAAACGAGGAGGAAGAAGAAAAAGGCCGGAAGUAUUUAUCCAAAGCUUCCAGAGGAGACGCUGGAACGUCUUUACUACUAAUGUGACUGUGGCAUCUGAAUGUAGUCACUUCAUUAAUUACGGUUUAAUUCUAUCUGGUUGUCUCUUCAAGCGGAAUUAAACGACAAUGAAUUACGGGUUGUUGGCGCAAGGCUAGCGGGCUAACGGGCUAGCAGGCUAGCUAACGUUAGCGUUGGAGAUAGUGUAACGUUGGAGGGAAUAAGAGCAUAGGAGGAUGAAGACGAAAGAACCCGUCGCACGUAACUCCUCUGUGACGGACAUGUGACGGACGGGUUGGUGAAGAACAAAGAACACCAGAAUGCGACGGUUGAUGGCCGUUAGCUUGUUAUGUAACGGUUUAAAUCUCCGUCAGUGCUGAUCGUCUGCGCCGCAGUCAUGCCUUUCCUGUUCCUGGAGCGGUUCCCCUGGCCCAGUUUGCAGACAUACGCGGCUGUGAGUGCUGCCCUGCUGGUCGGAACUGUCCUGACCCUCUGCUCCUCCGACAUCCAGUUCCAGUCCGGCCCAGAGGAGGCCCAGAACCACCCGGUCCACAGCUCCAGGAUCGUCCGUUACAUGAAGGACGGCGGAGAGCGUCUGGGUCCAGGUUACGGAGACGUGGCUGCAGGCGUCCUGCUGCACCUGCUGACUGAUGGCGUGUUCGUUUGGUUGAUGGUAAACACAGUCUGUUGUGUCUUGCUGUUAAUCGCCAAGUCCAUCCAGUGCAUUGUGUUCGGACCACUGCGCAUUAGUGAGAAACAGCACUUGAAGGAUAAGUUCUGGAACUUCGUCUUCUACAAGUUCAUCUUUGUGUUCGGUGUCCUGAACGUUCAGACGGUGGAGGAGGUGGUGAUGUGGUGGCUUUGGUUUGCCAUCCCAGUCUUUUUACACCUCCUGGUUCAGCUGUGCAAAGACCGCUUUGAAUAUCUGUCCUUCUCUCCGGCCACUCCUCUGUCCAGUCAUAUGCGGGUCCUGCUGCUGCUGGUGAUGCUGCUGCUGUGCUGUGGUGGUCUGGCUUCGCUCUGCAGCCGACUGGCUCGCAGUCAAGGCCGUCACACCGCCGCCUUCAUGGCUGCAGAGUGUAUGUUGGUGACCGUCCGGACGACGCACGGCAUGUUUCAGUACUCCAUCCACCUGUGGGACAUGAACCAGGAGGGCAGCUGGGAGAAUAAAUCCUCGUACGUGUACUACACUGACCUGCUGAUGGAGCUGUUGCUGCUGGGCCUGGACCUGCUGCACCACGUCCACAUGCUGCUCUUCACCAACAGCUGGUUGUCCAUGGCGAGUCUAGUCAUCUUCAUGCAGCUGCGCUUCCUCGUUGAGGAGGUUCAAAAGAGAAUCCGCCGCCACCACAACUACCUGAGAGUCCUGCACAAUAUGGAGAGCCGGUUUUCAGUGGCGUCUGCAGAUGAAGUUGCAGCCAAUAACGAUGACUGUGCCAUUUGCUGGGACGCUAUGAGCUCAGCUCGGAAACUGCCCUGUGGCCACCUCUUCCACAGUUCAUGUCUGCGCUCCUGGCUCGAGCAGGACACGUCCUGUCCAACGUGUCGAAUGUCCCUGAACAUAGAAGGCGAUGAGGGUCGUGUGGAGAGAGACGCCAGGGAGGCUGUUCCUGACGCCCGGCUGCACCUCAACCAGCUCAACCACUUCUUCCACUUCGAUGGUUCUCGUAUUUCCAGCUGGCUCCCCAGUUUUUCUGUAGAGUUCAUGGCUUCAACCAACUUCAUGGGCACGAUGCCGAGCAGCCCGUCUCCGAUCAGUGCCAUGGUUCAGCAGGUCCAUGAGAUGUUCCCUCAGGUUCCCCUCCAGCUGAUCCAGCAGGAUCUGGAGAUCACGCGAUCCCUGGAGGUCACCACUGACAACAUCCUGGAGAGACGCCUGCAGGCGGCCACACCACUGCCUGUGGAGCAUCCAAUCAUAGAGGUGACUCCGCCUGAGGAGGAGGAUGGAGACAGCAGUGAGUCAGAGAGGGAGGAAGGUGCCAUGGAGGAUGACAAGAAAGUGGAAGAGACUGUAGAAGACGUGGACGUUGGGUUUUGUGCCACUGCAGAGAAGCGACAGAUGCUGCUGCUGCAGAGGAAGGAGGAGCUGCUGCAACAAGCUCGCAGGGACUACCUGACCAGGAGGACCAGGUCCAGUACAGGAAGUGAGAGUCACUCUUACUUCGGCCACUGAGCUCACAGCUGUGUUUUCCACCACAGCCCAUGAACAACACCUGACAAACGUCCAGGAGCGCUGUCAGAUAAGUGGGUUCAGCAGGAGGCUGCUGAGGAGCUGAACUCCUGGUGUAAUGGUUGUAGCUUCAUGUAGCAUCACGUUUAACAGGGAAACUUUAUUUGCUGGCAAACUUCAUGACAGGUAUCCAGAGAAAUAAGGAAUGUUCAGUAAAACACUGGUGGUUUUAUGUCUUUGUUGGCUGAGUGUGUGACUGGGCUGAAAUAAAACUGCCAAACACCAAACGGCACCUGUGUAGAGCCGUCGUCCAUCAUCCUUUUAAUUCUGAUCAUGCUUUGAAUCGUUUUCCAGUAUUUGUGUCCUUGUGCAGUUUCCAGACUACUACAUGUUACUGUCACGGUUCCAAUCAUCUGUGUUAGACUUUAAUCAAAGCUUUUGCUCAACAUUUUUAUUGUGAAAAUUAAAGGAAUGUUUCUGUUCA